AUGUCAUACCUUGCAGACGAUUCUCCUGGGACGAUACCGGGUAUCAGUUUCGACAUCACGUCCUUUCUGAAAGGAUCUGUGGUUCUGUUUGUUCUCGGAUUUAUUUCAGUAUGUGUCUACAACAUCUUUUUCCAUCCCUUGCGCAACUACCCGGGGCCGAAAUAUGCCGCUGCAACGGACCUUGUGUUCAAGUUUGCUUCGCUGCGAGGAGACGUUGUGCCUUGGACACAUCGUAUUCAUGAAAAAUACGGCGAAGCCGUGCGCCUUGGCCCCAAUCGCCUCAGCUUCAUCUCGCCUCAGGCAUGGAAGGACAUAUACGGACACCGGACGGGAGGCAAAAAAUCAAACCCCAAAGACGUCAAGUUCUACACUCCAGAGCCCAACGGCGAGCCAAGCAUUUUUGCCAUCACCGCCGACGACGAGCACAGCGUGGUCCGACGCAUCUUUUCGGCCGCCUUCUCCGACAAGGCAUUGAAGCAACAGGAGCCGCUGGUUCGGACCUAUAUCGACCAGCUCAUCCAGGCCAUGCGGAAUGCAUCUGAGACCAGUCAGAAUUCUGAGAUCGACAUCGUCAGGUUGCUCAACUUCGCCACAUUUGACAUCAUCGGGGACCUCACUUUCGGCGAGCCUCUUGGUCUACUCCAACGAUCCGACUACACCCCUUGGGUCACUGCUAUUUUUGACGGUAUCAAAGCAGGGGCUUUCAUCAACAACAUACAGGAGUAUGCUAUCGGCCGCUUCGCGCUUGGGCUCAUUCCAGCGCUACGAGAGAAACGCAAGGCUCAUUUCGACCACACGGCUGAGCGCGUGGAUCGCAGGCUGGCGAACGGCAGCGAGAAGCCCGACUUCUGGAACCUCAUUCUCGGCAGCAACAAGGGGAAGAUGACGGUCCCGCAGAUGCAUGCGCAUGGAGCUGUGUUCAUGCUCGCUGGGACGGAGACGACUGCAACCCUCCUGAGCGGCCUCGUUUAUCUCCUGCUCAAGAACCCCGACAAGAUGGAGAAACUGAUCGAGGAGGUGCGUCAGAUACAGUCCGAGGAAGACCUGACGUUCGAAAAUCUGGCCAGAAUGCAGUACCUGGCGGCUUGUUUGCAGGAAGGCUUCCGCUGCUACCCACCCGUUGCAGUCGGACUACCUCGUGUCACUCCACCAGGAGGCAAUUCUAUUUGUGGUAAAUGGGCCCGUGUUUCCGUUCCCCAAUGGGCUGCGUAUCACUCAAGAUUUAAUUUCCAGCGCCCGAAUGAGUUCAUUCCUGAACGUUGGCUCCCGGGCAAUGGCUUUGAGAGCGACAACAAAGACAUUGUUCAGCCUUUUUCUAUUGGACCCCGCAACUGUCUUGGAAAGAAUCUUGCAUACCACGAAAUUCGUCUCGUUUUAGCAAAGAUCUUGUGGCACUUCGAUGUAAAGCUUGGUGAACAAAGCCACUCGUGGAUGGAGCAGAAAGUCUGGGUUCUGUGGAAGAAGGAGGAACUUAUGGUUGGCCUUAAUUAUGUGCAGUGA